AUGAUGAAAAAUUUCAAUAAAAGUGGUCAAAAUGAAAAAACAUUGAAAUUAUUUAAUGAAAUGCGUUCAAAAAAUGCAGUAAACAUGAAUGAAGUCAUUUAUCUUCUAACCAUUGAUGCAUGUAUAAAUAUGAAAAAUUUAGAACAAGGAAAACAGAUUCAUCGUAUGAUAGUUAACAAUAACGAUGAAUCAAUAAAAAAUGCAAUUCAAUUGAAGAAUGCAUUGAUAAAUAUGUAUGCGAAAUGCAAUGACCUUAAAAAUGUUGAGCUGAUCUUUCGACAAAUGAAACAACGAAAUAUUGUUACGUUCAAUAGCUAUACAAUCAAUGGAAUGCCCCAUAAAGCAAUGGAAUUGGCAAAGUCAAUUGAACAACAGCAAUUAGAGUUUAGUUCCGUUACAUACAAUUUAGUCAUUAAUGCAUGUAUCGAGAUUGGUAAUAGUGAAAGUUUCGAGAAGGGCAAUCAAUAUUAUAAACAAUUAUUACAGGAUAAAAAUAUUCAAUUGUCUAAUGAAAUAGCCCUACAAACAUCACUGAUUGAUCUGUAUGGUAAAAGCGGCAAUGUGAAAAUGGCUGAAAAGAUUUUUAAUGAUAUGAAUAAUCGGGAUGUUACAGUAUAUGGUGCAUUAAUGAAUUGUUAUAAUUUGAAUGAAUUACCACAUCAAUCAAUUGAAUUAUAUAAAACCAUGAAACAACAGUCCGUUGUUACUUACAUAUUGGUCAUUAAUGCAUGUGCUCAAUUAGGUAUUAAGACAGUACUUAAAAGGAUUCAUGAACAAAUAUCAAAACAAUAUGUUGAUCAUGACUUAAUGCUACAAAAUUCCUUGAUUCAAGCUUAUUGUAAAUGCGGUGAUGUUGAGACAGCCGAAAAAAUUUUUAGCUCAAUAUCCAAACGCGAUAUUAUUACUUAUUGUGCAAUGAUAAAUGGAUAUGGUUUAAAUGGUUGUGGUGCGGAAGCUGUUGAUUUAUUUUACAAAAUGAAAAUUGAAGCAAAAAUUAUACCUGAUCAACAGGCAUAUGUUUGUGUUCUUAAUGCAUGUAGUCAUUCUGCCUUAGUUGGACAGGCAAAAUCAAUUUUUAAAUCUAUUGAAAAUAAAGAUGAAAAAGUUUAUACAGCAAUGGUUGAUACAUUAGCACGUGCUCACCUAUUUGAUGAAGCUCAACAACUCAUUGAUGAAUAUGAACAGCAACAAGGAAAUAAAUCGUAUAUACCAAUGUACAUGGCAUCAUUAUCAGACGCAACAAAUAAUCAAAAUAGUCUGAAAACACAAGAAAUUUAUGAUAAAAUAUGUUCCAUACAGAAUGCGGAUAAUCAUACUUUGGUAGCUGCUUCAGGUUUAUCGACUAAUUCAGCACAUAGUAAUGAUCAAAAAUUAACAAAAAUAAGACAACAACUUGCAGGAAUGAAAAGACUAGUCGGCGUUAGUUUGACAACAGUUAAUGGUCAAAUUUUUCAAUUUAAAGCACAUGAUCGACGUCAUCCACUAUCAGAUAAAAUUUAUGAAGAAUUAGAUAAGAUGGCCAAAGAGCUUAAACAAGAUGGAUAUGAGUGCGAUGAACGUUGUAAGUUCACUUAA